CCCCCCCUCAAGGAGCGGCCUCAGGAUGCUCCAAACAGUCCUUAAUGGCAAAAAUGUUCCACCGCCCGGGUCAAGUAACUGGCUGGAUAUCCCACUGCCGGAGUCAAGCGACUGGUUGGGUUUCCUGCUGGUAGACCUUUUUCUUUUUGUAGGAGACCGCAGGAAGGCAGGUUGCUGGACACAGGAUUUCCAGAAGCAGGCUGGGAAUCAGGGGCUGGCACAUCAGGCUGGGCAGCGAGCAGAGGCACAUUGGGCUGUGCAGCAGGCACCGGGUCAUCGGGCUGGGCAGCAGGCACCGGGUCAUCGGGCUGGGCAGCAGGCACCGGGCCAUAAGGCUGAACAGCGGGCACCGAGGCAUCAAGCUCGACAGCGGGCACCGGGUCAUCUGGCAGGACAGUGGGCACCGGGUCAUCUGGCAGGACAGCGGGCAUCAAGGCAUUGGGCUGGACAGCGGGCAUCGAGGCAUCAGGCUGGAGAGCAGGCGUCAGGUCAU